AUGAAUCCAAAUAAGCUCUUAUUAGUAUUUCUACUACUUUAAAAUAUCAUAAAUGAAGUUUAAUCAUAAUAAAAUAACUCUUCUAUGGAUAAAACUUAAUCAAAAUAACACAGAAAUUUAGCACAAUAACUCCAACCAAUUAGAGUCUCAGUUGAUUAUAGCUAAUUUGACUAAUAUUUUGUAAGUUAAUCUGAUAGAGAUUAUGUUAGAAAGAUAUUUGGAUUCUUUUAGAGUUUUGCUAGUAGCUUAAUUAGCGUAGUACCACGAUAAUCUAGUAUUGCAAAUAAUGGGAUUAUUUGGUGUGGUUCAACAUUUAUAGGGGCUCAUAAUGCUAUUUUUGGCUAUUAAAAUACAGAUUUUUAAAUUGUUAUAUCAGCUACUUAAAGCAUAUUUAUUUCUUCUAGAGUAUCUUAUCAUGUUUGUAAUUGGGACUCAAACUAUCGUCCAAUUUUGAUGGAAGUUCGAUACUUAAUGAGAAAAUUUCGCUAAAGUACUGUAGCAAACGAUAUAAACUAGCUAAAAAGAGCUUUUAUGUAUGAAGGAUUAUGGAAUAAAGAUCGUUUCACAUAUUGGCGAAAUCCUUUUACUCCUCCAGACGGAGAUCUAACAAACAGAUAGCCUUAUAAUGUGAAUACUGAUUUAUAUGUUUCUUAACCUGCUAAUGGAGGCGGCUUAAAUUAUUUUCUAAAAGGACCAAAUGUGUAAUAGCUUGUUAGAAAGCAUUUUAAUUGUCCUACAGCCAUAGGUUUAUAAGUACUCAACUAGUAAGACUUAGCUAAUUUUUUACCUAAUGAUUUAUUUAGUACUUAUGCAGAUUAGUCAGGAGAUAAUUUAGAUAAUUUCAUUUUUUCAUAAUUUGAUGUUGCUAUUCUAAGAGAUAUGGGAAAUUAUGAAUAAAUUAAUGACGGUAUAGCAGAUACUAUACUAUGGGGAUAAAAUAUGGGGUGUGAUUUUUUAAAUAACCGCUGUGAUGAUUUGAUUAAAACUUCAAUAAAAUAAGAUGGUAAUCUUUACUAGUGUAAUCAGUUUUCAACAGGUAAAUUUUAACAAAGCUAAUAAGUUAUUUAAAAUCAAAUUAACUCUGGAUAAUGCCCAUAUAUAUAAGAUUCUAACACUAUUAGCUGUCUGAAUGUGAACAAUAACUCCUAAGCUAAUUUAUUUGGAGAAACUUAUGGUAGCUUUACUUCGGCUCCUCCCACUAUAAAUCCUCCUAUAAGAUGUCUUUAUACUUAAUGUGAUAUAUCAAAAACAUAUAUAACAAUAUAGUUACCUUCAGGUGAAUACUUUGUUUGCAAAGAACCUUAUUAAAUUUUAACUAUAAAUACUGAUUCUUACUAAGGGACUAUAAACUGUCCUUCUAAUUUCUUAUAAUUUUGCUAUGGAGCUGCAUGCCCUAAUAAUUGCAAUCAAAAAGGCUAUUGCCAAAAUGGAAAAUGUAAUUGUAAAAAUGGCUUUUAGGGUGAUGAUUGCUCAAUUUAAUGCCCACUUAACAAUUGUACCUGUCAAUCUCCUUGCGUAAAUUGCAGAGGAUCAUCAACAUGGUGCACAUCGUGCUUAGCUGGAUAUAAAUUAAUAGCAGAAAAAGGUACCUGCUAGAAAUAAUGUGAUAAUUCAUGUUUAGAAUGUAAUUUACCAGUAAAUCCUACUUCUUGCACUUCCUGCAAAGAUGGAUUUUAUUUGUAUCAAGGUUAAUGCUUUUAAUGCUAAUCCCCAUGCUAAACUUGCAGUUAAUCAAGAAACAAUUGUUUAACUUGUAUAAAUAAUUACACUUUAAAUCACCUUUAAAAUGUGUGUAAUCCUAUUUGCUAUGGCGCUUGUAAAGAGUGUAUUUUACCUUAAUAAAAAAACUCAUGCAAAUCGUGUUUUGAUUAAAAUUACUUAUCUUAAUAAGGUGAAUGCUUACCUUGCAGCUCGUAGUGUUUAAAUUGUCUUGGAGAUUCUAAUAUUUGUACUAAAUGUUAUCCAGGGUAUAUUCUAAACCCCUUAACUUUUUAAUGUAAUCCUAUUUGUGCUCAAAAUUGUUUAACUUGUACUGAACCACUUUCUCCUUUAUCGUGUACUUCUUGCGAAUAAGGAUAUUAUUUAAAUAAUAACAGUUGCUUAAGCUGCCUUUCAAUAACAGAUUUUACUAAAACAGUUCCUAAUGAAUGUAAUGGGUUGUUUUUGUUUAACUCUGACUGCAAUUCAAGAUGCAAAGUAUGCUUAGCUACAGAUAUAAAAUUUUGCUUAAAUUGCUCUGAUUAGACUACAAAAACACCUUAUUGUGAUUGCCCUUCAAAUUCUAUAUUUUUAAAUGGUUUAUGCAGAUCUUGCCCAUCUUAAUAGUUUUUUGAUUUGGCAUCAUCAAGCUGCUUGAAGUGUCAUCCUUCAUGUUAAUCCUGUUUCGGAAUUAAAUCUAAUUAAUGUUACACUUGUUUUGUUUAGAAUGGUAUGGAAUUUAAUUCAAACUCUAAUUCAUGCUCUUGCAGCGAUAAGGAUUCAGUUUUAAUGAUCAAUACAUUAAGCAAUCAGCAAUAAACUGCAGUUUGCAAAUAAGGUAUGGGAGUAAACUUUACAAGAUUUUAUCCAAAUUACUAGUCUCAAUACUAAAUGUUCUAAGCUACUUUUACAAUGAAUCUCUAAUAAAAUAUUUAAAACUCUAACAUUUAAUAAUCUUUUAAAUUUUAUAUCCCAGAAAUUCAAUCAUCAAGCUAUGAAAUAAAGAUCGAAGCUAUUUAAAAAAAUUAAAUUUUAUUUUAGAUUUUUCAAAAGAAAAGUUUCCAUGCAAAUUAAUUAGUUAUUACUGUUUCAAGCACAACUUAAAUUUCAUCUACAGAAAAUAUUCUUUUGAAACCAUCUCUAUUAAAUAAAAGCUUUACACUGUAAAUUGGUCCUGUAUUUAUAGAUAGUAGUAGUGGAUCAGGUUAAAAUAGUGGAGGUAUUAGCGAUAAAUUAGAUUAAAUUGUGGGAUUUGUUAAUUACAAUUAAUAAGUUACAAAUUCAAUAAAUUUUUUAAAUUAGUUUUCAAUAUUUCUUCACUUAGUAAACACAAUAUAACCUAGUGCUUUAUUUAUAACAAUUAAUACAUCUUUACCUCCUCUCUUUUAUACAUUAUAAAGAGUGAUGGGUACUUUUGUCUAUUAAAAUGUGCCAGAAUAGAGCGUUUACAGAGCAGAUCCAAAAGAUUGUAAGUUAAGUUAUCUCACAAUAGAUUACUGCGAUUUAGAAAACUAAAAUCCUCAACCUUAUAAUUAAUUCCAAAGACUAGGAUUUAGCACAGGAUUCUUUUUAAAUAUUCAAAACUUUUUAAACUAAACUAUAAUAGGAGGAUGUAUAUUCUUAUUAACUAAAUAUCUAUUAUAAUUUUAUAAUGAAGAUCUAUCAACCUUAAAAGAUUUAACAAAAAGUUAAUACUAAAAUCUCACAGUUGAAGAAAUGAAACACAAUCCAAAUUUAAUCUAAUAAUAGAAACAAAUUCAGUAGUUGAGAAGAUUUAGUGGUGUUCCUUUUGGGUAUUCAAAUAAAAAAUUACAUCUGGUGAUAUAAUUUUUACAUGUAAAAUCGUUUGACUACUUUUUUUCAACGUUUGAGGCUAAUUUAUUAAUCUUUUCAGUUUCUGCUCAUCUUUUUAUAAGAGUAAAUAUAUUUGACCCAGAAGUACAAUAAAAUGCCCUUGUUAGAAUAUCUACCUAUGUUUUUAUUAUAAGUUUCAUAUUCUUAGUAAACUUACUAAAUCAAGGAUAUAUUUGCAUAAACAAAUCUGAUAAUCUUGAUGUGAUAACAGAAAAUUUGAGUAAUGAAUUAAAAAUGAAUGCAGGAUACUUUUGUAAAAAUUUCCAUCUUUUAAAUUUCUUAAAAAAAUGGCUUGUUUGUUGCUUACAUGUAGAAUUAUAUUAUUAUCCAAAAGUUCUAAUUAUAGCAGUAAUAGUAAUUUAUUCUUUUGGAGUUUUAUUAGAAGUUUUUUUCAGACCUUUUCAAAAAACCUAUCAAAAUUUAGUAAGAAUAGUUGGGGAUUUAACAUUUGCUUUUGUUUAUUUUUGUACUCUUCGUACUCACCAAAUUUAUUUAAGCUUGCAACUCUAAGCAGAAUUAAAUUAAAAUGAUGUUAACUAGUUUAGCUUAUGGGGUUUAAUUGCAACCUUUUCUUUAAUAGGUUAUAAUGGCUUAUAUUUGAUUCUAUAUAUAAUAAAUUUAUCAGUUAUUCUUUAUUCAAAACUUUGUAAAAAUUUUUUUACUAAGUAUCGCGAAAUAAGUUUAGAGUUAGGUUAAACUACAAAAUCUUCAUAUAAGUAAAAAUAACUUCAUAAAAAAUUAACAAGCUCCUUAGCACAUAAAGAAACAAUUGAAAAUAAUAAUGCAGCCAUAUUUGAUUUGAAUUGCUCUAUAUAUUCAAACUCAUAGUUUAAUGACCAAUACAUUUUCUAAAAAUCUGAUAGAAGUAAUAAAAAUAAUAAUAAAAUUAACUUAAAAAAAUAAUAAAAUAAUAAUUAGCAUAGUUAAAAACCAUAAAAGACAAACAAGAUAAAAAUUAAAAUAGAUAAAUAUGGAAAUAUUUGCAAUAAAAAUUUAGAAAAGUUUGGAGUCCCUAUAUAUCCAUAAAGAGAUCAUUUAAGUAAUGAUCAAUUAUGA